AUGUUAUCAGCAUUACGCUGGGUAAAUAAAAAUAUUCGCGAUUAUGGUGGCAAUCCAAAAAAUGUUUUAUUAUUUGGAGAAAGUUCUAGAGCUAAUGCUGUUGUUGACAUGGGUGCAUUAAAAGGAUCAGUCAAUCUUUAUCAACAUAUUAUAUCGGAAUCAGGUGGAGCUGGUCAUUAUAUAUAUUAUUCAAAUGUAAGUGAUGCAAUCCAAAUAUCAAAUAAGGUUGUGCAAAACAUGAAUUGUACACGUGAAAAUAAUGCACAAAGUCUUGCAUGUUUACGUAAUUCUUCAAUUAAAGAUUUGAUUAUGGCCUUCGGUCGUCGUCUGGCAAAACCAGUUAUUGAUGGAUAUUUUUUCCCUUAUCAUCCUCUUUUGGCAAUAAAAAAUGGUUUAUACAAUCCAAACAUUACAAUGAUUAUAGGGAACAACGAACAAGAACCUUUAAUGUGUCUUGAAAAUCCAGAUAUGAAUUCAACUGAGGCUAUUUCAGUGUUAAGUCAAACUAUACCACUACAGUGGUUACCACUGGCCGUCAAUAAUUAUCAGCUGAGUAGUUGUUCUUCUAAUAGAAAUGCUAAGAAUCGUUGCUGUGAUGUUCUUAGCUUAUUAAUAAUAGAUAAACUUUUUGAUUGUAAUGUUCAACGAAUAUACAAUAAUUUAUAUAUGAAAUAUCAACAAUCGCACAAGCUAUAUUGGUAUCAUCUAGAUUGUAAUCCUGGGAUAUGUCCCGAAUUAUCAGUAGAAGAAGGUGCUGGUGUAUGUGCUCAUGUAGAUGAAAUUCCAUUCGUUUUUGGAACUGUUAGUUCCUAUAAUUCAAUGAAUUCCCACAAUUGUACAUGGGAUAGUCAAACACGAACAUUUUCAAAUCAAAUUAUUUCACAUUGGAUCAGUAUGGCUCAAAAUGGAGAACCGUUACAAUCAUGGCCACAGUAUUCUCCAACAGCAAAAAAAUAUUUUAAAAUUACACCCUAUCACGACUUUUCACCUGAACCAUGGUAUCGAGACUGUUCUUUAUUUGAUCAACUGGAAGAUGAACAAAUACGUAUUAUGUUUCCAUAA